CAAUUAAACUCAUCUAUCAUUAUUUCUUCAUUUUACUUUGUUUAAAAACAGUAUUUUUAAGCUUCUGUUAUUCAAAAGACUGAAAAAUGGCAUCUCAAGUUCAAAGCUACAAUGUUGAGGGGAAAACUAAUCAGCUAAAAAAAAGAACAGGGCACACCCAGGACAAGAAAAAGGAGAAGACCCAAGUCAUCAAGGAUGACGCAUCUGAGGCAGCCCAAGCAACCAUGGAUGACGCGUAUUAUGCAGCCCAAGCAACCAAGGAUGCAGUCCAAGCGGCCAAGGAUGCGGCAUCUGAGGUAGCCCAAACAGCCGAGGAUGAUGCGUUUGAUGCAGCCCAAGCAACCAAGGUCGCAGUCCAAGCAGCCAAGGAUGCAGCAUCUGAGGUAGCUCAAAAAGGCAAGGAUGACGCGUUUGUUGCUUCCCAAGCAACCAAAGUCGCUGUCCAAGCAGCCAAUGAUGCGGCAUUUGAUGUAGCGCAGAAAGGCAAGGAUGAUGCGUUUGAUGCAGCCCAAGUAACCAAGGAUGACGCGUUUGAUGCAGCCCAAGCAACCAAGGAUGAUGCGUUCUGUGCAGCCCUAGCUACUGAUGAUGACGCGUUUUAUGCAGCCCAAGUGACUGAAGAUGAUGCGUUUAAUGCAGCCCAAGCAACUGAGGAUGAUGCAUAUAACGCAGCCCAAGCAACCAAGGACAAGGCAUCUGAAGCAGCCCAAACAACCAAGGAUAACGCAUGUAAUGCAGCCAAAGGAACCAAGAAGAAGGCAGGCUCGGAGAUGGCAGAAAUGGGUCGAGUCAAAGUAAGAAAAGUUCUGUAGAUGAGAUUAUCAUCAGUCGACUUUUGUAAACGUAGCCUAAAACAACCUUUUUACUAGUUUUAGGUCUUGUUAAACCUUAGCCUAAAACAAUAUUUUGCAAGGUUUUGGGUCUUGCUAAAGUUCCCAAAAACUGUUUUACCAUGUUUUAGGGGUAGCUGUUUGUUAAUCACUAUGUUUUGGUAAUAUAUUAUCAAUGAAAACUUAAUUAUUACUUUGUUAUUUCGUAAAUGUUCAUAUUUCAAUUGGAAAGUAAUAAAAAAUGAGAAUAUUUGUACAAGAAAUAAAAAUUUGCAAAGAUUUUAAGAAUGUCCAAGACUCCCAAGUCAUUAGUAAAAGAUCUCGAAUUUAUAAUUUUUGGGUCAUCAAUGUGCCAUAGAAAACUACCAAUCAAGCUUUGCCCAACCUAACUACGAUGGGCCAUUUACAAGCUGAUGGCAGCCAACUAGCCAUGCCUGCAUAGUGACAACUUGAAAAAUGUGAAAAAAAAAAAAAUUAAAAAAAAUCUUGCCUCCGAUGGCUCUCAGGUCAUGGGCAGAGUACUGACUCUGGCUAGACCCGAAAAUAUCUUGCCUCUGAUGGUUCUCAGAUUAGGUCAUUGGCAACAUUUCCUACUUGCUCUAUCAAGAUCCAAUUCAACUUGAAACAAAACCCGAACUUAAACAAAUUGAGAAAAAUAUGUUGGACAAAUAUAUCUCUAAGCUCUAGCUUUGUAAGUGCAUAUUAAGCUGUCCAUGCCCCUAGAUUGCCCAGAAAAAGUCCUAGAAAAUCAGGUCACU